AUGGCCGGUGGCUGCAGGGACCGUAAGCAGGUGAGGACCAGGAGCCGUAAGCAGGUGACGGCAAGGGGGCCACCAGAAGGUGAGGGCCAGGGGCCUCCAGCAAGUGAGGGCCGGGAGCCGCCAGCAGGGGAAGGCCGGGGGCCACCAGCAAGUGAGGACUGCCAGCAGGUGAGGGCCAGGGACCACCAGGGAGAGCCAGGGAACACCAGCAGGGACUACCAGCUGGAGAGGGCAGGGGACCACCAGCAGGAGAGGGCAAGGGACCACCAGUGGAAGAGGGCCGGGGACCACCAGCAGGAGAGGGCCAGGGACCACCAGCAGGAGAGAGGUGGGGAACACCAGAAGAAGAGGGCCGGGACCAAAGCAGGAGACCGUGAACUACCAGCACCAGAGGGCCGGGGAACACAAGCAGGAGAGUACCGGGGACUAAAAGCAGGAGAGGGCCAGGACCACCACCAGGUGAGGGAUCAGGAACAAACCGGCAAAGAAAGGGCCGGGGACCAACACAGCGAGAAGGCCAAACCAACAGAAAGGCCAGGAACCACCAACAGGAGAGGGCCUUGGACAAACAACAGGUGA